AUGCCAAGAUAUCCAAUACAAUAAUUCAAUCAAUGGCGAAUUUACAUCACUAAGCAAAAUAUAUCAAUGAUUAACUCAUUCAAACAGUCCUAUCUGAUGCAAAACAUUGGAUGGAUGGUUGAGACUAUGAAAACUUUAUAAUUUACAAUUAAGCAAUUUAAUUAAAAAUUUUUAAGAAAUGAGGGAAUAAUCUAAAAUGAAAUGAAUUAAUCGAAAUUAGAGAUUGAGCAUGAGAGAGAUAGACGAAUAUAUAAGGAUCUAAGUAAAUCUAUAGAUACGAUUAUUUCAUAAAUAUUAGGUAUAUAGGAAAAAGAACUUAGAGAGUAGAUAAUAAAUGCUUUGUUAUCACCUAAUAAUGAAAAUUAAUUGUAAUGGAGUCUGAAAUUACAAGAGGAAGGAAAAUACAAUAAAGCAACCCUGUAUGUAAUAAGUUAAAAGUAUAAAAAAAUUUAUUAUUAUCUAUCAUAUUAAAAAGAGAAAAAUCUACCUUUAAGGGUUAUAAAAAAAUGACCCCUUAGUUCUAUAUGAAAAAUAUUAAUAAUUUUCACUACUGAAAUAUAAAUAAAAGACUUAAACAUUUGGGAAUGAAUAAAAUACAAAUACUAGAAUUUCAACAGAGCAAUCCUCCUUAAGGAAACAAUAAAAUGUUUAAAUAUAAUCAUAGAAGAAAUAUUCAUACAAUGCUAACUUGAAUUAAUAAUCAACAAAUAAAAAAUAAUAAGUUGAGUAUGGCUCAGAUUCCUAGGAGGAACAGCUCUUUUGUAAAAAAUGUAAAAAAGGACUAUACAGUUUCUUUUUAAACUUAUAAAAUACAUUCAAAAAAUGUCAAUAAGGGAAGAUAAAUGAUUAAUAAGAGAAGAAAGGAAGAUUUUAAAAAGGAGGGAAAUACAAUAAAUUUCAAUGCUCACUUAGAUUCCAUACUUUUUAAUUUCUUCAAUUUUUUUCUGGAUUUUCCAUGAUUGGGAGAAAUACUAUAAAGAACAUUGAUUAACCAUUCUCGAUUUGGGAGUUUUUCAGAUGUAAAUCCCAAAUCUUGUUCUUAUCCUAAUAUUUGACUUAGCUCUCUGUAUAAGUCAAUUUUAGUAGCGUUUCUUAUCAAAUAAGCAAUUUUAAUAUCAGCCUAUUUUUAUGAGAAAAACUUUUUCAAAGCCACUCCAAGAAGAUAAUCACUUGUUACAUACACAUGGUGAAUUAAUCUAAGGCAAAUAAUACCCUUUUAACGCCAAU